AUAUGAGUGCAACUUAUGCCGACUUCACUUGUAACUUGUGACAACUUCACUGGUUAAAAACUUGUAACAUCUUGAAGCCUUUGGGAAGACUUAGAAAAUCUCUGUAAGCCUGACGAGGAUAUCCAAUAAAGUCUACGCUGUUGUGAAACAAAAUCUACUCCGUGACACUUCCAACAGAUAUUCCCGGGAAUGGAUUCAAUGGCGACCCAAAAAGGGGCUAUAAAGUGAUGAUCCUGGGAAGUAGUCUUAACCUUUUUGUGCAGGUAUUAAAAGAACAGAUCUUUUCAAAUUGCUUUCAGGUUCUUGAUGAGAACGACAACAAGCCAGAAAUCACCGUGAAUUUGCUCCCAAACACGUUCCACAAGCAGGAUAAGAUUCCCGAGGAAACCAUCGUCAAUACUCCCUCCCUCAAUACGCCCUCCGGUCUCCCAGGGAACAUUCCAGCUGCAACGAAAGCGGACAAUAAUGUGGUGGAAACGGGAAAGGGGAAUGGAGGUUACUUUUCGGACACAAAGAUGAUCAUAGGGGUUGGAGCGUGCGCCGGCUUCUUGUUGUUGAGUGUUUGCCUGAUAGCAGUUUUCUGCUUGAAGUUCAGGCGUGAAAAUAACAAAGAAGAAGACAAACACGGUAGCUAUCAUGAGCCAGACAUAAGUCGGGAAGAUGCGCUGAAGGCGUCCAAGAAAAUGUUCCACCAAGCGAUUUCUAACCCGCGCCAAGAGACCAUGAUCUAAGAGAACACAUCCUCCAUACAUGGGCCUCUUGCAAUGAUAAUCUUUUUCAAUCUAAUUUUAGCGCUUGGUCAAACUGCGAGGCUAUUUUAGGAAAGAGACCCGACUGGCCAAUUUAAUCCACCGUGCGAAAAAAGAUGGCGGAUGUACAUUUUACCACAAAGCCUUGCGAACCUA